CAUGUCCGGCACCGCAGGGGUUAACCCGGCACACCGCCCUCCCUGGUGUACGGCAUGCAUCCCAAAUGUGACCAAGCUUUGUCUGAGCCCAAGUCCCUCCUCCGGGCUGCACAUUGACCUCUACACCCACAUAAUCAGUCGGUGUACCGGUACCACCCUAAUCGGCAGAAAUUCCGUCCAGAGAGACACAGCUCGCAGCCAUCCCAGGGGCACACCGGACUCUGCACAGCUUUGUAAUGGCAAAUGAAGCUCGUCCCUGUCCAUGUGACAUUGGAGAUAAAUUUGAACAUGAAGAACAAGGAAAAGUGAUACAAAUUGAACACAUUAAAGCUUAUGUAUGCAAACCGCAUUCCAGCACAGACAAAGCUGUUAUUGUAGUCCAAGAUAUCUUUGGAUGGGAGCUCCCUAACACUCGAUUCAUUGCUGAUCUACUUUCUGCUCAUGGAUACAUAACAGUGUGCCCAGAUUUAUUUAGAGGACAGGAGCCAUGGAAUCCAAACGGUGACUGGUCUGUCUUCCCUGAAUGGUUAAAAUCUCGUCCAGCAACUAAAGUUGAUAAAGAGGUAGAUGUUGUUCUCAAGUAUUUAAGGGAACAGUGUCAUGUUAAAAAGAUUGGAGUUAUUGGCUUUUGCUGGGGUGGAAUCGUGACUCAUCAUUUAAUGUUAAAAUAUCCAGAUAUAAAAGCUGGAGUGUCAUUUUAUGGUAUAAUCCGUGAUGCAGAAGAUCGCUAUAAUCUGCAAAACCCAACCUUAUUUAUUUUUGGUGAAAUUGAUUCCAUCAUUCCCCUUGAUCAGGUAAAUGUACUAAAGGAGAAAUUAAAAGAACAUGCUAAGGUUGAUUAUGAGGUGAAGGUGUUUCCAAAACAGACACAUGGAUUUGUACACAGAAAGAAAGAAGAUAUCAACCCAGAGGACAAACCUUAUAUUGAAGAAGCAAGAAAAGACAUGAUUGAAUGGCUCCACAAAUACAUUAACUGAAUAACUUGGGCCUGGAUUAUUUUAAUUUGUAAAAAAAAAACAAUUCUUAAUCUGUUUUACUACCUAUAAAUAUGGACAAACUUGCUAUAUAAAUUAGUUAAUUAUUACAUAUGAAAUCUCACUAAGCAAUGCAAAACUUUAAAGGAAUAUUCCAAGUACCAUAACCACUAUAGCCUGCUUUAGUAGUUAUGGAGCAAGGAGUACCCUGACGCCAUCUGGUCUUCUGCAGGACAUACCAUGUUAUGUUUUUUUUAGAGUAAGCACGGCCAAUGCAUGACAAGGCUCAUAGGUUGAAGCGCUCUAUUUUAACUAGUGUGGCCCUGCAUGACCCUGCUUGGCUCUAUAGAGAAAUCUGUUUUCUUUUGCAGGAGAAGAUGAUGCAGGGAACGCAGCAGGACCCAGGUACAGUGUCAAACAAUAUAAUUCCAUGGGCAAAGGCUGUAUUGGUAAUGGUGCUUGGAGUAUACUUUUAAUUUUUUUUUAUCAGCUUAUCACCUUGCUUAUGUUCUUAAGGUUAUUCUGCAGGUACAGUUUACUGUCUGUUUUUAUUUUGACCUCAGAACUUUAUAGACAUUAGAGAAAGCUUGGCUACAAAACUCUAAAAAGAUGUUGAUGAUGGAAAUCCUUUUAUAGCAUUUAGGCAAAAUUGCUAAAUUCACAUUUAUACAAAAGUAUUUCUACAUAUAUCAAUAGUAUUUUUUUGCUCAUUUAUGUUCCUACAAUGAAAUUGCGAUCUUCAUUUUGCCUUGACAUAAUCUACUCAUAA